AUGGCUUUAAAUGUACGACGGUUGUCAUCGACGCUGAGAAAUGUCUUUCAAAUAGAUGGGCGGUACGUCUUCGCACAUUAUGUCGGGUCAGGAGCACAGGGAACAUGUUACAAGCUGAAUCGAGUCCAACCACAGGCUGGGGAUCGAACUAGUCUCUUACUCAAAGUAUUGGGAGGCGAGGUACAGGCUGACGAUGAUGAUGACGAAAUCUCGCCUGAGGUAUGGGCAGAAGCGGAGCUUAAUGCUCUUCAGAUCGUUAGAGGUGCAUCUCAUGUUAUUCAGAUGGUAGAUAUCUUGAGAGACCCGUUGACAAAGGCAAGCGCCUUCAAUGAUCUUACUAUACCCUACCUAGAGCUCGCAUACCGCCCUGCGCCAUCAAGAAUUGUUGGGCUUACCGAAGCUUCGUCAGUCAUCCGUAGCACCAUUGCUUGUGCCUGGCCAACGGUCCACCAACCAGAUGUCUUCCGGUUGGAAGAGCCGCAGGCUGGCUUUUCAAACGUCAUUCUCAAGAACUUCGACAUACAUGAUGAAAACCUCAUGUUUGGUGCAUUCUCACCUGUUCCAGUUCCAGAGCAUUUUCUGGCGCCGCCAAUCAUAAUGAUUGACCUCGGAAUCACUGAUAUAUCGAAAAAUGCUACUGAAGUCACUUGGAAUGCUUCUGUCCGAGAAAUGCUCGACCAAUUCAUGGCUGUUCUCUCGGACUUAACAAAGAUGAACCGCUCUGACGAGGCGAUGAAUACUCGUGUAGAUCCAGAUAUCAGAAAGUUCCUUUCAACUUAUGAGGCCGACCCUAAGGCCUUUCCGAUAUUGCAAGAUAUUUUCACGUUGACCUUUGGGGCUGUGAGAGAUCGAUCUGAGGCAUGGUAUGCUGCAAAUGUUGGCAUCAUGGACGGCUCUGAAAGCGACGACAAUAUAAGAACCUUUGUCCAGACCUGUAUUUUGAGCGCUCAUACUGAUGGAAACCAGACAGGUUUUCAUUGGGGUUAG